AUGUCUACUCGAUGGUAUCCCAUAUAUCAAAGAGGUAAUCCACAGCUGAGGGUGUUUUUACCUAAUUUUUGGAUGAAAUUAGUGCGACCUCGAGGCACCCAACUACCUAAUAUUGUGCAUUUUGAGUGUUCAAUGGAAAUGACUAAACACGACAUUAAGAAUUACCUUAAUAAAAUAUAUAAUAUCCCUGUGGUUGAAGUAAGAACAAAAAUAUUUUUAGGAAAGUUCAAAAGAGAUAUUGGCAAGGGUUAUAUAGUUAAAGACGAUGAUAUAAAAAACGCUAUUGUAACUCUGCCUAAGGAUAUGAAGUUCGAAUACCCAGAUAUAUUUGAAAAAGCCAAAGAUGAAACUGAAGAGCAAGAGAAAGCUUUGACCGAAGCAAAGAAAUCCUUCCAAAAUUACAUUGAUCGUAACAAAAAUAGAUCAGAUGUGCCUAGCUGGUUCUCAAUAUAA